UCAUCUGCGCCAGAAGAGGGUGGCAGCUUGGGCCGUACGCAACCCAAUUCGCUGGCUGUCUCCAUCGCCACACUCUGCCAUGUGCCACUUUCAGGUCUCCUCACACACUGCUAGUUGUGUGUUUCCAUUUUUUUUGUCAUAGGGGUGCUGGCAGAUUACGGGCCUCCCAUAGCUGCUGCCAGGCCCCCUAAUCUGCCAUGGGCCCCUAUACCCGCCCGCCUCAUCAGCUGCUGCUGCCAGGUCCUCAGUGUCUCUCAUGGGUCCCUGUCAACUGGACCUCCCAUUGGCUGCCUGUCAUCCAUCGCCACACUCUGCCCAUGGUCCCACUUUCAGGUCUCCUCACACUGCUGGUGUGUUCCAUUUUUUGU